CUGUAAUUAUGAACUUGAAAAAAUGAACAACAAUAAUGCCCAAGUAAUAACAUGUCGGUCAUACACCUUAUUUCAAAACCUUGCAGAGCGAGUAUUAUUACGCCGUUGGCCUUUCGGACGGAAGAUAUGAUGCACACAAAUCUUUCAAAAUCGGACUAAACCAUUAACUUACAGUCAAGAGUAUUUGUCCAACUAUUUAUUACCAUGACAAAAUGUACAAAACGUAGAUUUUUGCUUGUGAUAUUUUGUUUUCUCAUUGAUUGUGUUUCUUCGGGGUUUUGUAACCAAAACGAUCCUGCAGACGCUCUGAACCAGGGUAGGAAAUGGAAUAUCACCGUGUGCGCAAUGUUGCGAAAUGUCUUCGCCUACACAUUAGAAUGGAUCGAAUUUCACCGCAUCCAGGGAGUCGACCACUUCGUCCUGUACGAUGACGCCAGCGAGGAUGAUAUUCACCUCCUCCCGCUGCUGUACGCAUCCAUCGGCCAUCCAGAUUUAGUUGAAAUUCUGCCCGCGAAUGCUUUACGAGAAAGCCGCUUAUCGAAUCACACAUGGAAAGAGCACGAUCACAAUCAGCGGCAGAUUCUCCAGCAUUGCUUCGCUCGCUACCGGAAUCACAGCGAAUGGUUCCUCAUUAUUGACGCGGACGAGUUCAUGUAUUCGCCGCACUACGGGACCAUCCAAAAUUUUCUCAAUGUUUACGACAAUUACACCGCGGACGAUGUUAACGAAGCGCAUCUCGUAUCGGAGUUUAUGGCGCAGCCGGUCCGGUUCGGAACGGCCGGCUUAAUCGAUGACUUCCGGGUUCGUCUGCAUGCUGAACCGGCGGUCGGGCUGCGUGUGCUGUAUGAACCGCGGGAUGUCAGCAGUGGACUGUAUCCCGUCAUUCUCGAAGCUAAUCCCCGGCGGGCACCGCAUCCACAAUUAGACCAAAAUUACCAGGAAAUGUUUCACCAAAUCUGCGAUGGGACAGCGCACCCGGAACUCUGCCAGCACAACAUCGGGAAGUCACUUUUCAAAGCCAAUCGCUGCCGGAGUGUGUAUAUUCACUGGUGUCAGGAUUUGAUUGGUCACACCACCGAACCACCGCUGUCCGAGCUGAGACUGGACCACUUCCCCUGGAAAUCAAAGGAAAAUGUGCUGACUAAACUGACCAGUGACUGGCACCGGAAAAAGAUUGAAGCGUACCGUCAACUGGACACGAUAUGGUUUUCGUUGAUCGCAGAUGGGAAAAAUAAACGAUAUAUUGAUUCCAUCCGCCAAAGGAUUGCGGCUUUUAAUUCUUCAGUUCUGGGAAAAAGACGCCAUUUCGAUGAGCGACCACAUAAAACGUUAGCUAAACUCACAGCUAACCGGCCGUUGCACGCUCGACCGGGUUAUGCAGAUAAAGUGGAUAAACCAAAGUUGGAUAAAUUAUUUGAUUUACUUAAAAUGACAUUAAAAGACGCACGAUGACCCAUACUUCGAAAUCAAUUGUAGUGUGAUGUGCAGUUCAUAAUCAAGCUGACGCUAUCCCCGGCCUUAAUUCUCACGCGCUUAAGAAGAAUUAACCGCGGCCCAGCUUCGUGAAAAUCAUUUUUUUAUGCGGCACAGUGAGGCUCAAAACAUAGCUAAUCUGGCCAAAA